UUGCCUUCAAACUGCUUCAAGAUGAAGUGAACAAAAAAAUCAAAUAAGUUGACAAAUGACAAUUGACAUUUGUAAUUUGACUUUUAAAUUUAAUUUGAAAUUAUGUAUAAUGUCUUAAUAAACAACUAGAAAUUUACUUUUUUACAGGUCUUGUUGGUAUCCUAAUUAAUAGCCCUGUAAUAUUUUUGUUUAUUUUUAACUAUAAUGGAUUCGUGUUUGGUAGACAUAAUUGUAGAAUUUCUCGCAGUCGCAUUCCAUAGUAUUUUAUACUAUACUUCAAUAUACCCAGAAAGUAUUUUUGAAAUAAAAAAGAAAUAUAACAUCGUUGUACAUCGAUCAAUUCACCCUGAACUAAAUCAGUACAUUGAUUUGUGUUUAAAAAGUAUAGCAGAAUGCCUCAAAACUGGACAAUUAAAACGAAUAGAGUUCGCAAUAACAGACAACACUUACAAAGCUCAACUAAAAUUUAUUUUUGACUUUGAACAUAUGGAUGCCUAUGAUGAAACUGCAGAUGCGUAUUUGAUUAAAACUGAGCAGAAUUUGCGCGCAUUUUGCCUACAGUUAGCAACAGUUAGUAACAAAUUUACCAAUAUGCCUGAAGAUGGGAGUUUUACAAUCUAUAUUCAUACAAAUGAAUCAACAGCAGUGGCUAUGGCAUCCAAACCAGAUCUAGAAGAAUUUCCUUUAGUAGAAGUUGACGAGAAAUAUGAGGAUUCAAAUAAAAUAUUACCAAUAAGAAGGUUUUCUGUUAGAAAUUGUUAUAUUGACACAUAUAUUGAAUUUGCAAGAUAGCACAAACUAAUCUAAUCAAUUAGUGUAAUUAAGAAAAAAUAAAUUAUUUGCUUAGAAAAAUU